ACGCUUGGCGUCGAACCGAAAGUAAGGGACGUCGUCAUUGACGUCUGGAAAUUGCAAAUACACAGCGUCUGCAUUUUGUAAACGCCUCUUAGAAAUAUGAUUGUGAAACAAAUGUUAUUUUUUACGAAUUGUUUCCGCAAGGUUGUUGUUAUUAAGUAAUUAAAUUAUAUUUGUAUUGUUCAGCGUAGAUAUUAGUUUUUUUACACAGCAAUGUUUGGUAAUAAGCUGCGUGCCUGGAUGGAGGCUGUUAGGCCUAAGAAAAAACAGAAUCGAAAAGAUAAACAGUCGAAAAAUGGUGGAAACUCCAAAUGGAAAAAUGAUCAAAGGAAUAUACCCAGUGAUAUUAUAAGAGUUCAAGAAGAUGAGAGAAGAGACAUAACAGUAAAAUUUGACCCCCAGUCUCAAGUAACUUUACAGUCCGGGCCCUCUGGUAUUUCCAAAACACCAAAUUCUCACUCGCGAUACUCAGCAAACAAUUUAUCCUCACCUGAAUCAGCUUAUUCGACAGGGUACUCCACAGAUGGUACCUCACCUGGGGCACCUCCCGAUUACUUUAUCACCAACAAAACGACAGAAAUGAGAUAUUAUCCUAUAGAAUCCGAGAAUAAUUACGUUAAACCUGUACCCAUGCCUCUAUCGCCAUGUAUUACAAGAACUAUAAAUCCCACUGGUCUUAAACCUACAACUGUUAUAACUUUGUCUCCGGCACAUUUUAAAGAACGCAGAACCCCGUCGCUGAGUAUGAUACAGGACAGCGAAGAGGCACGAAUAAUAGCGGCACAAGCACGAAACACGAUUCGAUUAUGUGGAAGUCCAGCACUGGGACUUACCUCACCAAUACCGACAGCUUCACCGAACUUAGGCCUAGACUCACCGAGAUUACGAAACAGAGUCAGAACGAAUCAGUGGUUGCAUGGCUCGAAUACAAGUUCCAAGCAAGACUUUCACAAAAACACAUUAAUUCCCGCCAAGAGAACCCCUUUAUUAGGAAGCCCACGUGCUUCUAGAUUCCACAGUCCUUCGAUGAGGCGUAGGUCGUUGUCUUCAUCAUCCGGCUCGUCGGCCACAGGCAGCGUUCAGAGCGUUCAGUGGGAACGUCACAGGAUAAGGUCUGUGGGCAGCGAUGAGGACACCACGUUAAAUGAAAUGAUGGGUAAAUACGACGAAAGUUACGUUUACGAAAAGGAAACCGACAUACUAAGCGACAGCGACCCAACCGACUGCGACACAGACAUUGACACGGGCCAAGAUGGUGGUGACGAAGAUGACACGCAUGAAGGUGAAUUAGAUUUUAUUGACAACGGUUCCUAUUUAGAAUUCGACCCUAGACCGGAUCGAAACACCGGGCACUGUUCAUACUACGUCUACGAUAUGCCGAGAAAAAGCUCGUCGAGGAGACGAAACACCCGAAGAAACAAACCUCCUAGUGACAAGCGCCGAAGGUCCAGCUCCAACAAGAAACGUCACAAGCAACAAACAAGCACGGAGCGUCAAAAGAGUACGCACUCCUACUUAGAUGGAUCUAAAAGCGCUGGAGCGACACCCGUUUCCGUCCGCCGAUCUGGUAACAAACCGAUCUCAAAACUAGCACUCGAAGACUGCCUCAAGAAGCGUUCGAAUUCCGUAUGCUUCAUGAGAGAACCUCUAUCAACUAUAGAUAAAAGAGAUAAAGAAGCUGACCUUAAAUACAAAGAGCUAAUUGGGGAAGCUGAGCAAAUACUUAGGACAAUGAAGUCUAACGGCCUAUCACCCAGAAGAUUGCCUGGUCCCACGAAUAAAAGAGUGGAACUGCUACGCACCAGCGAGUGCACAGAAAUUAGACCUAACAAUGAUGAAAGUGUGUUGAACACCAAUCACUAUUCAAAGACUCCGUCCAAUAAUUAUAGUUGUCCGAGGUUUAGCCCCAAAAAAAAUCAUAUCACUAAUUUUAUAAUUAACAAUUCUCCUAUAAUGGUGAGGAGAGAGUGGGAGACUCAAAACACCCCAUCUCCGUUGGUAGUUAGGAAAAAGGCGGACCCAGUUGAGCCGCCACGAAACAUCAUACAAAAGGACAAGCCCGUCGAUCGUACCAGACGCAGUCCCAAGUACCGCAAGAAAACAAUCAAAAAAUACAGAAACUCCAGUUCCUCCGAAGAAGAAAACGGCAGGAUUAGCAGGACCAGCUUCACAAGGUCAGACAAUUUCAUUUUAGGUUGUCCCCAAAGUGAGCCCUUAAGAAGGAAGGUUUAUUCGGACAACCUGCCCCAUCACGACUACGCCAAUCUACAGGGUCAUGGAAAAACGGUCGCUUUCAAUCUGGGCAAUGAUAACAGCAAGACCAUGAUGUCGAAUCAGAAGGAGUACAGGACGGUCAGUUCCGAAAACUUACGGCAGCAGGUACUAUUGAAUACGAUUGCUAGUCUGAAGCGCAACUUGGAAGAUCAAUCAGCUUCGUUGAAACAGGUUUACAAGAGUUCCCAGAACGUACAUGUGUAAGGGCCUUGUGCAAUUAGCAAUGUUUUCGGACGCAAUUUGAUGCUGAUAUCGAAUUGUGUUUUAUUGAAGGUAUGUUGUUAUUUACAUGUAAUAGUUUACAUAUCAUUUUAAAUUUGAUAUUGGUCGAAUUGCGUCCAUGAACAUUGGCUGAUGCAUUUUAGGUAAUUUAUUGCAUGUUAGCAGUUAAUGUGUCAACAAAAUUAUAUUAACCAACAAUGUGGGUGGCUAUUCUACUUUUGAUGACCCAUAUUUUGAAAUCUAUAAACAUAUAUUUACCCAAUGAAGCCGACUCGAAUGAAAACUCACAGAAUUCCAAAAUGAUGUUGAAGAUAAAUCUGAAUAUACAUAAAAAAUCAUGCUUUAAAGUAUAUAUUUUUGUAUUUUGAUAUCAGCUAUUAGUGGUCGAAUAAUAUAUUGAUAUACUUUAUGUAUAGACAUGAUUUAUAAAAAUGCAGUUAUUUAUUUAAAGUUUGCAACUAUAAUUUAUUUUCAAUUUCUAUAUUUGUCACUGUCCUUUUUAAGAGUUUUAAGUCGGAUAUAAAUUAAAUGAAUUACAACUUAAUUAACUGCUAACCUUUUGUUUAAAAUUCAAGAGAGAAACAACCUGUCGGAGGUUUUCUACUUCAAAAUAUUCUAUGAGUGUACGUUUGAAACCGGUAAAAAUUUCUAGUCCUUUGUAUAAUUUCCUAGUCAUAUGUUGUAGUCUUGUUAUUCUUAUAUACAAUAAAAUGGUUAACAUUAGUAGUACUAGAACUGUUUAGUUAAAUGUUUUCAAGUAGACAAUAUAGUAGUAUAGUUACUAAUAUAAUAGUAUUUCGUUCGAUCCCCAAAUAUUCAUACUUUCGGAAAUAUGGUUGUCCAAAGUUAAUUAUUUAGUGACAAAUUACUACUUUUAGUCUAAAAAAUUAUCGAAAUACACGGCUUCAUUUUAAUUUACUUAAAUAAAUGAAAAGGUGUAUUUCGAUGAUUAGUGUACAUGAAUUAGAUAGUCUGAUAUUAAUUUAAGUUAAUUUUAUGUAAUUUUGAUGUGCAAUAAUAUUCUAUACUAUACUGUUUGGGGAAAUAUAUUUAGUAGAGUGGUAGUAAUCAAUUAUGUAGUAUCGCAUUAGAUGUAUACUCGAUUUUUUAAUUUCUGUUAUUAAUUGGGUAACAUAUUAAUUAAUUAACAAACACCUCACAAUUCUCGAGGGAAUAACUAGACAAAUGAAAUAACUAAAUCCUUCUGUCCCGUUUUCCGUACCUUACAAUUAGUGUGGACUUCAAUUAAUGGUUGGACUCCGCACUAUUUUCAUUUGUCUUUGGUGAUAUUUUAGAGAAUUUUUCUCACGUAUUAAGCAAACGCACUAAAAAUAAGUUUACGUGUAGCGGAAUAUUUAUUUUUUAUAAAUGAAAAUGUAAUAAAUAAGACUCGGUUACAAAGACUUAAAUAUAAUAUUUUGUUGUUGAUUUAUGAUAUUUACGAGUACAUCAAAAUGUAGACUAAAGCUCCAAGCUAAAAAAACUUUUCUAAAUAAACUUUUUGUACAACUAAUUCAUGAAGGCACUAAAUUAACGGAAACCACGUGCCUGAAUUAGUCUCAUGUAAGCUGUAAGCUCUUGAAAAUUCGUAUGUAUGAUUAUAUUUUACAUUAUUGUUAAUAUUUUGACUGUUCACUCUGUAAGUACAAUUAAAAUAAUAUUCAAUAAC